UUUGGGAUUAUGGACCUAACAGCUACUCCAAAGAGAGAUUUUCCCAUUAUUGAUCCUAGUAGAGAAUUUAGGAAGUGAAGCAUGAAUCAUCCCCAUAUCAGUCCAAGAUUAAUUCGAUUACUUACGUUUUCUGCUUUUCUUGCCUUUCUCCUAUGGGAGCUGGCCUAUGCCGACCCUCCUUAUAGCUUUUGUCCUGAAACAAGUGCUGGCUAUAUAGACGGCAGUCCAUUUAAAAAUAACCUUGAUGAACUCCUCUCUUUAUCCUUAAGUGCUUCUUCUUCUUCCAAAUUCUAUAAUACCUCCACAGGAAAUGGUGCAGAUAGAGUUUAUGGUGUACACAUGUGCCUCGACUAUGUCACAAAUGAAGACUGCGGGAAGUGCAUAGCAACCGCUACAAAAGACAUUUUGAACCUUUGUCCAUACACAAGGGAAGCAGUUGUAUGGGAGGAGCUAUGCCAGCUGCGCUAUUCCAACCAAAAUUUCUUUGGCCAGGUGAAUGUCACAGGAAACAGGGACCAACAUAACUCGCAGAAUAUUUCCGAACCAUCACAUUUCAAUUCUGUUGUUAAGGAGACUUUGAAUAACCUUACGACCGAGGCAGCAGCUUUCAAUCUUUCAGCUAAAAUGUAUGCUACCGGAGAAGUAGAGUACUUUGAGGAUAAAACAAUAUAUGCUCUUGUGCAGUGCACAAGAGACUUAUCUGGUGAUGGCUGUAAUUCAUGCCUUAAGAAGGCCAUUGCAGAUGUAUUAAAGUGCUGCUACUUCUCCAUCGGUGCAAGGCUUUUUAGUCCUAGUUGCUUCUUGAGGUAUGAGUUCUACAACUUUUAUGGCGCGACAUCUUCAGUGAAUGGCCAAGGAUCAGGAAGCGGUGGAAGGAAAAUAUGGAUGAACAUGAUUAUCAUUAUAGUUGUAUCAGCAUGCUUCGCGAUGGUACUUUUUGCUUCCAGCAUUUAUUGUCUUGCGAACAAAAAGGCUCGGAAACGGAAGAAAGAAGUUGUUUGUCAGCGAGCAAAUAAUAGUACUAAUCCUAGUGUCUCACGCUUUCAUCACCGCAAUUUUCAAGGAAGAUAUGAGCCACAAGCUCAAGAUUUCCCCUAUAUUGAGUUGGCAUCAAUACAAGCAGCUACUGACAACUUCUCCGAUUCAAAUAAGCUUGGGGAAGGUGGUUUUGGUCCUGUUUACAAGGGUUUACUAAGUGAUGGAAAGGAAGUAGCGGUUAAGAGGCUGUCCUUCGGUUCCGAGCAGGGUUCAGAAGAAUUUACAAAUGAGGUUCUACUUAUAAUGAAGCUUCAACACAAAAAUCUUGUCAAGCUUCUUGGUUUUUGCGUAGAGGGAGAGGAAAGGCUGCUUGUUUAUGAAUUCAUGCCCAACAGCAGCCUAGAUGUCUUUCUCUUUGAUCGAAGCAGAUGUGCACAACUCAGUUGGAGCAGACGACUUAAUAUAAUAGAUGGAAUCGCAAGGGGAAUUCUUUAUCUUCACCAGGAUUCUCGACUUAGAAUCAUUCAUAGGGACAUAAAACCUAGUAAUGUCUUACUGGACAAUGACAUGAACCCCAAGAUCUCAGACUUUGGAAUGGCAAGGAUCUUUGCUGGAAGCGAGGGCGAAGCUAAUAAUACUGCUAAAAUUGCUGGGACCUACGGGUACAUGGCUCCGGAGUAUGCAAUGGAUGGACUAUAUUCCAUUAAGUCUGAUGUGUUUAGCUUUGGUGUACUCUUGAUUGAGAUCAUGUCUGGGACAAGAAAUGCUGGCUUCCAUCAAUCAAAACGUGCUCCUAGCCUACUAGCAUAUGCAUGGCAAGUAUGGAAUGAAGGAAAAGCAAUGGAAUUGCUGGAUCCUUUAUUGAUUGACUCAUGCUGUGAAGAUGAUUUUUUAAGAUACAUUCAUGUCGGAUUGCUGUGUGCGCAAGAGGAUGCAAAUUAUAGGCCAACCAUGUCAUCUGUUGUUGCGAUGUUGAAGAGUGAACCUGGAACUCUUUGCCAACCUGAGCGACCUGCCUUUUGUGUGGGCAGAUUCAUUGAUCACGACGAAACAGAUCCCGACAGACUCUCUUUCAAUGGCUUGUCGAUUUCCAAUAUUGGGCCACGGUGAUCGAUGGAGCCAUGAGUGGAUCCUCUGAAACUUCAUGUUCAUGUCUCUUUCUUUAAUUGGUGUAGAUCAACUAGACAGCAAUACAACUUUGUAUUCGACUGUUUUCUAAUAAUUCACCUAUAUAUGUAUGCAUGCAAGUGGUUUUUGUCAGCUCCUAGCUA